AUGGAUGGAUGGAUCGUUCGUGCAUCCGAUGCAUCAUCUAUUGGCGAAAUGGCCCGUAGCAAGGAAUCUGUAACCGGCGUUGCAACGAAGGAGGUUGAGAUUGGAGGAGAGAAGAAUGGCGGAAAGCGUUUGAUCCCUACGUCGAAGGCACCUCGAUUCUACCCCGCCGAAGACAUUCGCCAGCCCAGGAAGACCCGCAGGUUACCCAAGCCAGCGAGGCUCCGCUCAUCCAUCACUCCAGGCACAGUCCUCAUCCUACUGGCCGGUCGUUUCCGGGGAAAGCGAGUGGUAUUCCUGAAGCAGUUGGAGAGCGGUUUGUUGUUGGUGACUGGACCGUUCAAGGUCAAUGGCGUGCCUCUUCGACGAGUCAACCAGGCAUACGUCAUCUCGACUUCGACGAAGGUCGACCUUGGUGAUUUCAAGGUCGAUGAAAAGUUCAAUGACGCGUACUUCACCAAGCCCGCCAGCAAGGGUUCCCGCUCAGCGGAAGCCGAGUUCUUCUCGGAAGGAAAGCCUAAGGAGAAGGAGGCUUUCCCAGAGUCAAAAUCAGCAGAUCAGAAGGCGGUUGAUAGCGCAGUUAUCGCCGCGGUCAAGAAGACGGAGAACCUGGGCAAGUACCUCAAGUCGAGUUGGGGAUUGUCGAAGGGACAGUUCCCUCACAAGAUGGUAUUCUAG